AACAGUUGGAUAAAAGAGACGCCUAAACUUCUGAUUACAGGAAAAGAAAAACUGAAUUUGUGAAUUCAGAAGAAAACACAAAGUACGAAGCACGCAAAAUCCAAAGGAAGAAUCCGGUUCAAAUUCCCGCCAAAUCAAUUUCACUUUCACAAGUCGACACGCUAUAUUGCCACGUGGCAGUGUUUUGUAGAAGGACCACCAAAAGAUGAACCGCUUGGGAAAUUUAUUUUUACGCAACCAACAGCUACCUUUUCUUCAGCAACUAGCCAUUUUCUCUUGGAGUUUGCUUCCCCGAUAAUCAUUAUUUCUUUGACUUUGAUUUCUUAUUAAUCAAUUAAAAAAUGAUUAAUUAUCACUACAAUUCACCAUUUCUUUUAUUCUUCCGCGGUUACUCCAGUUUACCUUUGUUGUCUGCCUCAACAGAUGAGCUGGAGUCCCCCCUUUAAUAACGAAUCAAAAGAUCCGAAAAAAAAAGAAAAUUUGAGCUCUUAAGAAUUGUGUGUGUGUUUUUUUUUUAUUACCAAUCUGCAAUUGCUUUUGACAUCUAACUGUAAUAAGAAUUUGGAUUCGAAUUAUCAGCUUGGAUCUUGAUCUGAUCCCAUCAUUUAGUAGCCAUGUCCAGCUCUCUUGAUCGCUUGGCAAGGCCUUGUUUUGAGGGAGUUUCCAGCAAUGACGAAAGAAGAGAGAGGAAAUCGGAUGUUGAGAAUUCUGAGGAUGACAGGAAAAGUAGAAUGGGGAACCUGAAGAAGAAAGCGUUAAAGGCAUCUAGUAAAUUGAAACCUAAUUUUAAGAAAAAGAGUAGGAGGAAAAGUGAUGAUACAAUUUUUGUUUCAAUUGAGGAUGUUCGCAAUGUUGAGGAGCUUCAGGCUGUAGAUGGAUUUCGACAAGCACUUCUGUCCGAUGAUUUGCUUCCUCCCAGACAUGAUGAUUAUCACAUGUUAUUGAGAUUCUUGAAAGCGAGAAAAUUCGAUAUUGAAAAAGCUAGGUACAUGUGGGCAAAUAUGAUUCAGUGGAGAAAGGAUUUUGGCACUGAUACAGUUUUGGAGGAUUUUGAUUUCAGUGAGUUGAAUGAAGUUUUACGGCACUACCCUCAAGGUUAUCAUGGUGUGGAUAAGGAGGGAAGACCUGUUUACAUUGAGAGACUUGGGAAAGUUGAUCCGUACAAGCUUACACAAGUCACCACCUUGGAUCGGUAUGUGAGAUACCAUGUACAGGAAUUUGAAAAAUGUUUUACAGUCAAGUUUCCUGCCUGUUCUGUUGCUGCAAAGAGACAUAUAGAUUCAAGUACGACUAUUAUAGAUGUCCAAGGCGUGGGCUUAAAAAACCUAACAAAGUCAGCACGUGAACUCAUCCAGCGGUUGCAAAAGAUUGACAAUGACAACUACCCUGAGACACUUGGCCGAAUGUUUAUCAUUAAUGCUGGCUCUGGCUUUAAGCUGCUGUGGAACACAGUGAAAUCUUUUCUUGAUCCUAAAACUACUGCAAAAAUACAUGUUCUUGGUAACAAGUUUCAGAAUAAAUUACUUGAAAUAAUCGAUGCAAGUGAGUUGCCAGAGUUUCUUGGUGGUGACUGUAACUGUGCUGAUAAGGGAGGUUGUAUGAGAUCUAAUAAGGGGCCUUGGAAUGAUCCAAAUAUAUUAAAGAUGGUCCUUAGCGGUGAAGCAUUAUGUUCUAGACAAAUAGUGACUGUUUUGAAUGGUGAGGGCAGGGUAAUUGCUUGUGAUAAGCCACGGUUUUCAAUGAUUAAAGGUAGUGAUACAUCUACUGCAGAGUCCGGAUCUGAAGUGGAAGAAAUUGCUUCACCUAAACCAACAUCAAGCUCCCUGGUUCCCAAGUUGACUCCUGUCUCUGAAGAACCUAGGGUGGUUGGUAAGGCAAGCAGUGCAGGUGGCUUCUCUGAGUACGAUGAAUAUGUACCUGUUAUUGACAAGACUGUGGAUGUGGGUUGGAAGAAACAAGUGUCUCAAAAUCCAUAUAAUUCUUCCCAAGGUUCACAACUUUUGUUAAGAGUAGAAAGAGGCCCACAGGGAACCUGUGCUCAUAUAUGGGCGAUGGUGCUUGCCUUCUUCACAAGCCUUAUUAGCCUUGUCUAUUCCUGGGCAUUUAGAGUGAAUGAGCAAGUAUCUGUGUCUAAUUCUGUCCAAAGCAGAACUGAGUUGCCUGUUAAUCCAAUGCCUGAGGAGGCAUUCCAUACCCCUUCAGCCAUGCUCAGGUUUAAUGAAAAUAUCCUCUCCACUGUUUUCCGUAGGCUGGAUCAGCUUGAGGAGAAAUUUAACGCACUGCAGGAAAAGCCAUACCAGAUGCCUUGUGAGAAAGAGGAAUUAUUGAAUGUUGCUGUCUAUCGUGUAGACGCAUUAGAAUCAGAGCUAAUUGCUACAAAAAAGGCUCUCUUUGAAGCUUUAAUGAGGCAAGAUGAACUGCUUGCAUACGUAGAGAGUCAGAGAACAAAGAUGCGAGUGAAGUCGAAAAAGAAGUUUUGCUUUUGAAGUUGAAGAAGAGAUUUCUCUAUAGGGGACGAUAUGUUGGCGUCACUUCAUUUGCACGCUCUUAUAUUUUACAUGAAUGGUUGAUUUUUACCACAAUGUUUAUCACAUAUCAUGGGUUUUUAAUGACACGUUUCGAGACUGCUGAUGCCUGAAGUUUGCGUACCGAUGAGAAUGUCGACAGAAGCUUUCCUUGGUGAGGCAGCUGAUUAUUGUAAUUCAGAUGAAAAUACUUGGAAAAAUGGUCAUUUUCAAUUUAUUUGAAGACUUGUACCGUAGAUGGUAAAAAUUUAUAGAAUUUUAUCUCGGGAAGAUUCUGCA